AAGUACUAUAUUUGUGUCGUAUCGAAACUUUAUGGGAUAUUCAUCUUUUGAGGAAACUUCGCAGACACCGGUUGUUAUAAAUAGAACAUGAACAUGAUUGUUAUUCAUAAAUUUGACACAUUUUGAACCAGUUUGUUAACGAUGUUUUCAAAUAAGAGAAAUGCAAUUCCAGGAACCAUCACACGUUCUAGUGGAAACAGUUUCUUUGAUGACGAAGAUGAUGAUGGUGUCGUAAUAUCAGAACUUCAAAAUUCCUCUCGACCAUUCAACUUGUAUUCAGCUCUUGAAAGCUUCGGGGAUACAAUUACUGAAGAAAAUGAAGAUUCUUUUGAUGAUCCGUGCAGUCCGCAAAUACACACUCCAAUCAACAACGACAAAGACAAAAGUACUUUAGAAAAUUCAAUUACAAAGAAAAUUGAAAACCUCAGAUUAACUGCUAAAUCUGAUAAUGCUAAUGUGAAAUCAGUCAAACGAUUUUCUUACAAAGAAAAUUCAGAAAUAAGAAAAGGCCGAAAGAAUAAUCAUACGAGGAUGCAUAACUCAGAUAAAAGUAUAAUACAUCAAGAUUUGUCCUGUGUUAAACGAAGGUCUAGUUUAAAGGAUGUAACACAAAUGUUUCCUUGUGGAUGCGAUGAACAUUCGACAAACACGGAAACAAAGAGUAAUAUGGAUUUUAAAGAAUUUAACAGAUGCGUGCAAUUUGAUAAUUCGGUGCUAAAAGACUCGCAAUAUAUGAAAAGAAGGUCUAGUUUCAGCGAGAUAUCACAAAUGAUUGCCUCUAAUAAGAAUGACAAUAUAAAAGACAUUAGAGUGAAAAGCAGUCAUGUAGAUAAAUCCUGGAUUGAUCGUGACGGUCGAUUUUCUGAAUUGAAUAAACAAUCGAUGGGUAAAGAUGUAAAACAAACGAAAAGACGGUCAAGUUUAGAUGAUUUAAAUAAAGUUUCAUCUACAUUUCCAUCCGAAAAAUACACAAGUGAUAACAAAAAAUUAGAAAUAAAAGACAAUGUGAUUUUCCAAUUUUAUCAAUCGGAUGGUAUCGAUUCAAACGAUAUAAUAUCGAUACCACAAAAAUCAGCGACUAAAGCAGCAUUACGAAGUACAAAAAGUGCUAUAAACAUGCGCGAGUUCUUGAUUAGCUCAAAAAUACAUAUUGUUUCAUCAGAAAAAAGGAUGCUAAAUUGUUCGGAAGGCCAAACAAUAAUAGACAAAGUUGCAAUGACCGCUGCCGCACACGAUUCAGGAGGGGCGAUAAAAGAUGACAACGCUUUGCAAAGAAAAAAGAAUGAGAAUAAAGUCGACAAAUCAGUUCAUUUAAUUUCAGACAGUUCUGUUAUUAAGAAUGCCGAAUUUAAAACUGGAACGGGUAAUAGUGAUAUUCAAAACAAUGAUCUGAAUUCAUUUGAAAAUAAUUCCGUCCAAACUAAACCAUGGGAGUGGUUAGCUAAAAGCAAAAUUCGACAAAGUAAAAGAGAACAUCAUAUGAUUUCUCCUGCCUGUUUUUGAAUUUUUCAAUGUUGAAUUAAAUUAAAAUGACU